AUGCCACCCAAAAUAAUAAAAAGGAGCCCUCAGGAGACCAUAACCGCCAACCAGAAUUUAAAUCAACAAGAAGCUGAACCAGAUGGUGAUGAAUCAGAAUAUUAACAUGAAAGAGAAAGAGAAAGACCUUAAUUGACAGAGAAGGAACUGAAUGAAGACAUGCCAUCUAAAAUGUUGAUACCUACCAAUCCUCAAGCCCCUAAGAAUAUCACUCAAUAUGAUUAUUUAUAAAGAAAAUAUAAAACUGAUGAGUUGGUUGAAUAAUUAAUAAUUCACUUCAGGAUGGAUGGAGAAAUCAUACACAAAGACUCAAAUGAAUCCAGAAUAUAGGAGGAAUUAUGGGAAACAAAAUAAGCAUUGAUAAAAGAGGCAGAAAGGAAUUUAGAAAUGGAAGAUCCUGGGGCAGCAAAGGACAAGGAGGCAAUUAAAUAAACAAUGAGAAACAAGUUUAAUUAUAAUGCGAGAGAAGCCUAAACUGAUGGAAGAGUCAUCAGAGAAAGAGGUGUGUCAACAGAGCCUCCUCCUAGUGAUACAUUGAAAGGAUAAAUUACUUAAUGGGAAAUUUUCGAUGCUUAUAUUUAAAAUAAAGCCAAAGAGGAAAGUUAGAAGAAGAAAGAUCACACUUCGGAUAACACAGUUUAUAAGCCAUCUUUUAAGAGAUGUUUAAAAAUAAUGGAAAGAACAGUGGUUCAUAAUGAUCAGAAAGAGAAAUACAAUGAUUACAAAUAUUAUUGGAGUCAAGGCGAAGUAGUUGAGACAUCGAAGAAUGAAGGACAUUUAUUGCCAAUUUGGAAAUUUUCAAAUGAAAAGUAAAAGAAGAAACAUGUAACAUCAUUGUGUUGGAAUCCAAGAUAUAUGGAUCUAUUUGCUGUAAGUUUUGGUAGUUACGAAUUUUCAAAAUAAAGAAUGGGUCUGAUUUGUUUAUAUUCUCUUAAAAAUACAACUCAUCCAGAAUAUGCAUUUACAUGUGAAGCUGGUGUGAUGUGCUUAGAUUUCCAUCCAUAAAGUCCAGCAUUAUUGGCUGUAGGAUUAUAUGAUGGAACAGUGCUAGUUUAUGAUAUCAGAAACAAACAUAAAAAACCAAUUUAUUAAUCAACAGUAAGAACUUAGAAACACACAGACCCAGUAUGGCAAGUUAGAUGGAAUCCAGAUAUCUCUAAGAAUUAUAAUUUCUAUUCAAUUUCAUCUGAUGGUAGAGUUAUGAAUUGGGUGUUGAUGAAAAAUAAAUUAGAGCCUGAAGAAGUCAUCAGAUUAAGAUUGCUUGGUGGUUUGUGUUUUGAUUUCAAUAAAUUCGAACCUCAUAUCUUCUUGGUUGGUACUGAAGAAGGAAAAAUACAUAAAUGUUCAAGAGCAUAUUCAGGAUAAUAUCAAGAAACAUACAUUGGUCAUAAUUUGGCAGUAUACAAGGUUAAAUGGAACAAUUUCCAUCCUAGAACUUUCAUUUCUGCUUCUGCUGAUUGGACAGUUAAAAUUUGGGAUUCUAAAAUCUCUACUUAAAUUAUGAGUUUUGAAUAAGGAAUGUAGGUUGUCGAUGCCAUGUGGGCACCCUACAGUUCUACAGUUUUUGCUUGUGCCACUCAAGACAAGAUUUUUGUUUAUGAUUUGAAUGUUGAUAAAAUCGGAAAACUUGCAGAAUAAAAACCCUCUAAAUAACCAAGACUAACAAAUAUUGCAUUUAAUCAAAGAGAUCCAAUUAUCUUAGUAGGUGAUACUCAUGGUGGAAUUACAUUACUUAAAUUAAGUCCUAAUUUAACAAAAUCUGGAGUUAAGGCAUCUAAUUUCCCUGAUGGCAAAGUACCUAAAGAGUUUGAGAACAUGCCUUUAGAAGAAUAUGAAAAAUAAAAAAUGGAAAACUUAUUGCAAGUUGUUUCUAAAUGGGAAAGGGAAGAUUCCUGAAAUCAUAAAUUAUAAAACAUAUUUAUUGUCAAUAUUCAACGAAUAUUCA